GUCAGCUUGGAAAUGUUUGACACCUUUUCACCCAGAUUCCAACUAUACAAAUAGUUACAAUUGGAAUUGCUUAAAUUUUUCAAGCUUUUGGUUUGCUUGCUGGCAACAAACUUUCAAAGCAUUUUUUAUAACAUUGAUAACAAAAUAUGAAUGACAAAUUAGGAUUGAUGAUUACAUUUUCUGUAUGCUACCACUUGUAAUGAGCUCUUAAUUAAAACAUCUUAAGUUUCUUUUGUCAAAACACCAUUAAAAUGAUAUUUAUAUGGUUUUCCUGUUACAGGAAACUUUGAUAGAUGUGUAGAUCUCUUUCAGCCAUUAAGGAACCCAGGCCAUGCCUUAAACUUCCAGUAUUCAUUAUAAAAUCUGAACACAGCCAGGAAGCAUCAAAGUGUUUGUUAGGUAGAUAUAUGUCUGCCUGCUGCAUUAAGUUUUUAAACGUGAAAUGGACCUGUAGCUUUAUAUAUGUUGAGAGAUUGAAGAACACUAGAUGUUACUCUGAAUGUAGCUUUAUAUAUGUUGAGAUGGAAGAACACUAGAUGUAACUCUGAAUGUAGCUUUAUAUAUAUUGAGAGAUGGAAGAACACUAGAUAUUACUCUGAAUGUAGCUAUAUUGAUGUGUCGGAAUGAAACUAAACAUGUCUUUGUCUGAAAGAUAUGGUAUACAAGAAAGGUAUAAAUUAAUAUGUCAUCGACAAGGUAAGUCACCUUACAGUCACAGAGUAUCAUCAAUCCAUUACAGCCACCUUACAGUCACAGAGUAUCAUCAAUCCAUUACAGUCACCUUACAGUCACAGAGUAUCAUCAAUCCAUUACAGUCACCUUACAGUCACAGAGUAUCAUCAAUCCAUUACAGCCACCUUACAGUCACAGAGUAUCAUCAAUCCAUUACAGUCACCUUACAGUCACAGAGUAUCAUCAAUCCAUUACAGUCACCUUACAGUCAGAGUAUCAUCAAUCCCUUACAGUCACCUUACAGUCAGUGUAUCAUCAAUCCAUUACAGCCACCUUACAGUCAGAGUAUCAUCAAUCCAUUACAGCCACCUUACAGAGUAUCAUCAAUCCUGUACAGCCACCUUACAGUCACAGAGUAUCAUCAAUCCAUUACAGCCACCUUACAGUCAGAGUAUCAUCAAUCCAUUACAGCCACCUUACAGAGUAUCAUCAAUCCUUUACAGCCACCUUACAGUCAGAGUAUCAUCAAUCCAUUACAGCCACCUUACAGUCAGAGUAUCAUCAAUCCAUUACAGCCACCUUACAGUCAGUGUAUCAUCAAUCCAUUACAGCCACCUUACAGUCAGAGUAUCAUCAAUCCAUUACAGCCACCUUACAGAGUAUCAUCAAUCCAUUACAGCCACCUUACAGAGUAUCAUCAAUCCAUUACAGCCACCUUACAGAGUAUCAUCAAUCCAUUACAGCCACCUUACAGUCAGAGUAUCAUCAAUCCAUUACAGUCACCUUACAGUCACAGAGUAUCAUCAAUCCAUUACAGCCACCUUACAGUCACAGAGUAUCAUCAAUCCAUUACAGCCACCUUACAGUCAUAGAGUAACAUCAAUCCAUUACAGCCACCUUAUAGUCAGUGUAUCAUCAAUCCAUUACAGUCACCUUACAGUCAGAGUAUCAUCAAUCCAUUACAGCCACCUUACAGUCAGAGUAUCAUCAAUCCAUUACAGCCACCUUACAGUCACAGAGUAUCAUCAAUCCAUUACAGCCACCUUACAGUCAGAGUAUCAUCAAUCCAUUACAGCCACCUUACAGUCACAGAGUAUCAUCAAUCCAUUACAGCCACCUUACAGUCAGUGUAUCAUCAAUCCAUUACAGCCACCUUACAGUCAGAGUAUCAUCAAUCCAUUACAGCCACCUUACAGUCAGAGAGUAUCAUCAAUCCAUUACAGGUAGAAUGAUAACUGUAAGAUGUUAUUUAAUCUUCUUAUAGGGAUGUCUAUCACUUAUGCGUAGACGUCAGCUUUUCACACAAUGUAUCAGUCCAACUUGAAAAAGAAAAAGAAAAUAAGUUACAAAGAACAUACAAUAGCAGUGACUCACUCCUAGUCUCAUGAUUCAAGACCAGGUAUAGGCCAACAGUGACUACCAGUAUUAACAGUCUUCCUACUCUUCAUCAAAGAUAAAUUCAAACAGAAACUACUGAAGGAGUAAAAACUGAAUAUUACCAAAACAUUAUUGGAAAUUGAAAGGAAUGUAUUGGUGUUAGUAAGCAGACUUUACUGGACAUUGUUUUGUAUAUAUAAGGAUUAUGAUAAAUUCACCAAGUUGUUUUAAUCUGUUUCUGUAAGAAUCACAACGUUAAUUUAUAUUCAUCUUCAAAAAAAAAAGAUAAAAAAUAAGAUAAAAAUCAGAAUCAAAACAAAAAACAG